AUGUCUCACGACAAUAUUUCGAGCCGAAUUUCGGGUUUAUCUAUUCAAGAUACGGAACCUAGAAGGUUUUCCGAUUACGGAAUUCAACAUGACAAAGGAAAACUUACUCGAAUGUCGUCUUCUUCUUCAAGCUCAUCAAUUUCGCAUGAAAAGAGAACAAGAAUUGCGCAACGCCGCAACUCGGAAGUUAAAAUUGAAGCCAUCCUCAAGGAGCUGUUCUCGCCAGACGCAGUGAUUGUUGAUCAUUAUAGUCCGGAUUUUGUGUUUCCGACAUUUCCUGACGAAGAAGUUGAGACACCAAAAGUUUCUGAGCGAUUCGCGAUAACUCGGGAAUCUUCAUUGAAACCUACACAGAUUAAGAAGAAUCGAGGUUGA